AUGAGAUUACGGUUUUUAGUAAAUGAUGCCGAGAAGGAUAGAGACAUUGAUCCACAAGAAAUUCAACAAACUCUUGAAAUGGCAGAAACUAAUUUGAGGAAAGCUAAAGGCAAGAGACAGAUAAUUAAGGCAAAUUUAGCUCUCAGACAAGCUAGGAUACGAGUAAAGGCUACCAAUGUGAUGUCGCAAUCAGUCACAAACAACUCCGCCAAAAAGUCCAUGUUGUUGUCCUCGGCUGCAGCUGCAGCCUGGGAAGACCCAGCUACGGCAUUAGCCAAUGCUCGCCAUGAGUUUGGUGAGCACGGUGGUGUCAACAUGUCGAUUGAGGCAUCCGCCACGUUCACCGUGAUGGAGCCUGAGACUCUUCGCAAAAUGUUCUUCGACGAGCUGGGUGCCGACCGCGACUUCUUCAUUUACAGAUGCCACUUUAACCUUACCGUGCUCAAUCUCAGUCCCCAGAUGGCAGUCCUCGAGGGCAUAGAGGCCGCCUACUGCACGUCCUCAGGGAUGUCAACCAUAUCCUUCGUCCUGCUCCAGCUUGACAGCAGCGGGGAACACAUCGUAGCCUCAAAAACUGUUUACGGAGGGACCCACGCCGUCAUGUCCCAUUUCUUCCCCAGGGCAUACAACAUAACGACGACGUUUGUGGACAUCAACGACAUGAACAUAAUGAGGAAUACUAUUGAGGUCGAGAAGACCAAGGUACUCUAUUUCGAAGGCAUGUCAAACCCAACUCUUACCGUCGCCAACAUAUCGGAGCUCAGCCGUAUCGGCCACGAAAAGGGGGUCACGGUUGUGGUGGACAACACAUUUUCUCUCAUGGUUCUCUCUCCGGUGAAACUUGGUGCUGAUGUUAUUGUUGACAGUAUUUCCAGGUUUAUUAGCAGCGGUGCUGAUAUUAUUACAGGUGUUAUGUGCAGACCUACAAGCCUGGUGAACUUAAUGAUGGAUCUACACCAAGGCUCCCUGAUGCUCUUGGGUCCCAUAAUGAAUGCCAAGGUGGCAUUUGAGCUCUUUGAGAGGAUUCCCCACCUAGGGUUGAGAAUGAAGGAGCACUACCACAGGGCAAUGGUUUAUGCCCAAAGGAUGAAGAAGAUGGGCGAAAACAAAUAUGAAACUUUGUAUUUUGAUAUGAAUACGGGAGCUAAGAUCCCAUAUGUUGGUCUUAGAACAUGGAAGGCUGAACCAAGUGUGGUCGGUCAAGCUGUCAUCGCUGAAGUCAAGAAUGGCUACACGCAUAUUGACUGUGCAUCAGUACAACAUGGCGUCACGGCAAUGAUGCUUGGAUCUGCAGUGGUCCUCUUCCCAACCUGA